CCUAUACUCGAUUUCUUUUUGACCGUGUUUUUCGAUGCAGAGACAGAUGCCGCUUUGAGUACGGAGUCGACUCGCCGCAACUUAGUCCAGGGUCUGGUCGACCUUCGAGACGCCUAUACUUCGCAUUCCGUCAACUCCAGUGUGGGCUUUGCCCUCGCGACCGUACACACCGACGAUCUGAAAUGGCUACUCGACUACUGUCGAAAUACAGGCAGCACGCCGUUCGUCUAUUCCACCGAAGAGUCCCCCGAGCCCGGCCUGCUCGUUCCGACGACACCGCGUGGCCGUGAAGCCGCGGCGUAUCUCUCCUACAUCGUCGAUUUCUACGACGAACUCCCUCCCUACACUCUCUUCGUCCAUGCAAAUCCCGAGCAAUGGCACAACGAUCUGUUCGGGCCCUUCACCGCCAAUACGCUGAAGAAUAUCCGAUUCGAAUCAGUCGACGCCCAAGGCUUCGUCAACAUCCGCUGCGACCUCACUCCAGGCUGCCCAACCAGUGUAUUCCCCCUGAGUCCAUCGGAUACUGACAUCAAGAACAACGAUAUUCGCGCGUAUUUUGCCGAAGAGUACCAGAAAAUCUUCAACGUGUCCUUCGAGGAGGUGCCCUCGGCGAUCGGGAAUGUGUGCUGCGGCCAGUUCGCCGUGAGUCGAGAGCGGAUCCGAGCGCGCCCUAAGGCGGAUUACCAGCGCAUCCUCGACUGGGCCGCAACCACCGACAAGACCGAUAAUUUUGGCGUCGGUUGGGUGCUCGAAAAACUAUGGCAUAUUAUCUUCGGCAUGGAGGACAUCUACUGCCCUCGUGUCGAACAAUGUCGCUGUGAUGUCUACGGGUGGUGCGGCCCAUUGCCAUAUACUGGCGAGGUAUUGCAAGCAGUGGCGAGCGACAAAAAAGCGAGCUAA